ACAUUUAGCAAUAUAGAUACUUCGAUAUGGAAAAAAACUGACCAUUCUAGCCCAGUCAGACAAGAUGGCGGCGUCUAUGACAGCUAUGAGAGCUCAGCAUCUUUCUUCUGUUAAUGAUUUGGUACCGGACUGGGUCCGUCAGGAAGUCAGCACCGGGACAACAAUCAUGGCAGUCGAAUUUGAAGGAGGGGUGGUGAUCGGCGCCGACUCCCGAACGACCACUGGAGCUUACAUCGCUAACAGAGUGACGGACAAGCUCACGCCCAUCCACGAGCGCAUCUAUUGCUGCCGCUCCGGAUCCGCCGCCGACACCCAGGCCAUCGCCGAUGCCGUCACCUACCAGCUGGGCUUCCACAGUAUCGAGCUGGAUGAGCCCCCACUGGUGCAGACGGCUGCCAACUUGUUCAAGGAGAUGUGCUAUAGAUACAGGGAGGAGCUGAUGGCCGGGAUCAUCGUGGCCGGCUGGGACAAGCGGUGGGGCGGACAGGUAUAUACGGUGCCCAUGGGGGGCAUGCUGGUGAGGCAGCCAGUCUCGGUGGGCGGCUCUGGCAGCUCCUACAUCUACGGCUUUGUGGACUCCAACUACAAGUCCAAGAUGAGUAAGGAGGAGUGCCUGAAGUUCGUGACACAGGCCCUGAGCCUGGCUAUGGAGAGGGACGGCUCCAGCGGGGGGGUCGCACGCCUGGCCACCAUCACCGAGACGGGCGUGGAGCGACAGGUCAUUCUGGGGAACCAGCUGCCGAAGUUAUUCAGCGGCUGACCUAGAGGGGGCGCCAGUACCCGACCACUUCACCCCUGUCCCAUGUUGUUGUUUUUGCUUAGUGUUUCUUUGGCACGAUCUGUUGAAUAAAACACAUUCACGCUA